AUGUCGAAGAGGCGGCGGUUAGUGAGGCGUUCCGAGUCGUUGGUAAAUGUCCAGGCCGGUACCGAAGAUUACGGGAUAUUGAUCGAGGACAACAAAGGGGAUACAAAGCAUCGCGAGACCUUAGAAUGGCUACGCUCGUUAUCACUUCCGACUGCUCAGGCUGUUUAUAACCUGAUGAAAUCAAGUUUAAAACCGACUUCUAUAUCACAAGUACCAGAUCCGGAACGAGAGAAGCUUGCUACUUUGGCGGCUUCCUCUUAUACUAGUGGGCGCGAUGGUGCUUGGUAUACUUCAUGGUCUACUUGUGAAGUUAUAGCUACUACUACGAAUACUAUAAGCCAUCCUAGAUGGCAAGUAGACGUAACUGCUGGGCCUAACUCUAUCGGCGGAAAACUUAAAGCUGUCUUACCUAUCGGGGCUUGGGAAGCUUUAAUAAGUCUCCUCGGGGGCAAAAGGCAAUGGAAAGUUCAGAUUGCGGGCGCGGUGGGAGUAUUUCUCAUCCGUGCGACCAACGGGGUUGUAUAA